AUGGUUCGACCUUGUUCUCGCAACUUACUCCGUGCGAACGUACCAUUGACCUGGUACAUUCACAAACGUUUCGCCAUCAUCGUUAGUGAGAGGCUUACAAUGGCACCUCUCACUGAUGCUGCCGACUACGAUGCCGGCGAAAUGUUUGGGAAUGUACCCAGCCAAUGGUCCAAUGCUGGAAAUCACGAAUAUUAUGACAUAGAACACAGGACUAGGUAG